UAGAAUAAAAAUAUUUUGAUUACUAAAUAAAUACAGGUACAAUGUACAUUAGUUGUUCAUUAUUUAAUAAAUGUGUGUGUUUAAAUGUGACAUGCAAAGUGUCUUCUUUAUUCAAUACAUCUCAAGCAACAUGAUGAAGUAAAUUUGAAGAUAGUGUGAAAAUGAGAAGUGUUCUUGAGAAGAUAUUUUAUAAACACUAGGAUUUACACUUACAAGUAAUAUUUAUAUCAUAAAAUAAUGUCAACAAAUAACAAUUAAUAUAUUGAAAACAGACUUAUUUUCUCAUCCCAAUUGCAUAUAAAUCAGUAAGUGUAAAUAAUCCAAAAUGGGUUCUAUUGGAUAUGUAUCUCGUAUCAAUCAACUUGAUGCCUUACAACUUGACAAUGAAAUUGAUAGAAUUAUAUUAUCAAGAACAACAGAGAUUUUUCAGUACUUCAUGCCAAAAGUAAUUCAAUCAUUUCAUCCAGAAUUAAAUGCAGUGUUACGUACUGCAAUAGGAGUAUUUUCUUUGAGUAAAAACAAAUCAACAUUUGGCCAAAAGUUAUUGGACUUGAAUUUCUUACAUUUAUCUAGAACAAAAGCAACAUUAUUUUUAAUAUUUUCAAUUUUUCCUAAAUAUUUAAAAGAUAGAUAUCUUGAUGAAAAUAGAAUCACUGAACAAAAAAAUAUUCAAAAAUACGUUGAGAAAAUAAUAAAUUCAUUAAGAAUAUUAAAUUUGGUGAAUUUGCUAUUUUUUCUGAAUCAAGCUAAGUAUCCAACAUUGGUAGAUCGAACUUUGGGUAUUACACAUCAAAACACAGUUAAUCAUAAAGCACGAACUAUUGGAUACUCUUAUAUGACAAGAGAAUUGUUAUGGCAUGGACUUUUGGAUUUAUUUUCAGCAGGAUUACCAGCGAUAAAUUUUCAUUUUUUAAAACAAUGUUACUUAACUCUGAGAAAAACUAAACAUAACAACAACAGCUCUCUAGUAAAACCUCUAAUGAAGCUUGACACAACAUGUCCUUAUUGUGAAGAAGUUCCAACUUUACCAUACCAUGCUGGCUGUCAACAUAUUUAUUGCUAUUACUGCUUAGAAGCACACUUCACUGCUACUGAAAGCUUCAAAUGCUUAGCUUGUGGACAAGAAUUACACAGUGCCAAUAAAAAAGUAUAUACUGUUUAAUUAGAAAAAGAUUAUUAAAUACUGUAAUUUACUUAAAGAAGGAUCAAUAUUAUACAUUUUUAUUAACGUAUAUACUCUUAUUGUUGAUUAUUGUUAUACAUAAAUAUAAAAUUGAAUUUUAAAGUAAUGAGGUAUAAAAAGAUUCUUUAA